GCUCAGACUUGUGAGCGGGUCUCUCUAUAGGGUCUGCGAGCCUCAGGGCAGGAAGACUGUCCGAUGAUCUUAACACUGAACAUUCCCUGACCCAGCAGGCUUCCUCUGAAUCCUUCCAGAUGGAUGGGUCACGAACUGUUUCUUCAGUGUUUUUCAGUAAGGAUACUUCUCACAUCCUCUGGCAAACUCAGAAUAUCCCCUGGAAGAUCUUCCUUUACAGCCCCUGGAUCCCCGAGCCCAUCGAGUCCCUCACAAGCAGGCUCACGCCUAUUUUCAGAAGACCAUUGUUGUGGAAAGGAGUGUUCUAACCUACAAAGAACAUGGCGUAUGGAGAGGAUUACCUCUGAGAAGCAAAAAGGAACCUCAAACCCAAGGCAAUUUUACCCAUCACCCCUGAGUCUUCUAUAACAGAGCAGAGGUAUACCUACCCUCAGGACAGGCCUGGGAGAAGAUAGAGGAGGAAGGAGCUGUAAUCAUCAUUCCCUUACCUGUGAAUGGUGAGGAAGCUGAGGCACUAGGAGAGUGUGUGACUUGACCAUGGUCCCACAGUUUGUGGACAGGAGCCAGACCAAAAUCGAAUUACACCGACACUGUUCUCAUGCUGCCUGUCCAGAUGAGAAAUUUAUAUUGUCAGCGUAAUAUCUGUGGGUCUGAACAACGCUGAGAGUAUAUAAACCCAGUGGGCUCGGCUGCACAAGCACAGGGCUCAGGACAAAGCACAUCCAGAGGUCCGAAAAGGGGGCUUGGUCUCUCUCCACCUGCUCUGUUCCAGUCAGAAGGCAGCAAAAAUGAAAAGCAUUUACUUUGUGGCUGGAUUGUUUGUAAUGCUGGUACAAGGCAGCUGGCAACGUUCCCUUCACGACACAGAGGAGAAAUCCAGAUCAUUCCCAGCUCCUCAGACAGACCCGCUCAGUGAUCCAGAUCAGAUGAGUGAAGACAAGCGCCAUUCCCAGGGCACAUUCACCAGUGACUACAGCAAGUAUCUGGACUCCAGGCGUGCCCAGGAUUUUGUGCAGUGGUUGAUGAGCACCAAGAGAAACAAGAAUAACAUUGCCAAACGUCAUGAUGAAUUUGAGAGACAUGCUGAAGGGACCUUUACCAGUGAUGUAAGUUCUUAUUUGGAAGGCCAAGCUGCCAAGGAAUUCAUUGCUUGGCUGGUGAAAGGCCGGGGAAGGCGAGAUUUCCCAGAAGAAGUCGCCAUUGUUGAAGAAUUACGCCGCAGACACGCCGACGGCUCGUUCUCUGAUGAGAUGAACACGGUACUUGAUGAUCUUGCCACCCGGGACUUUAUAAACUGGCUGCUUCAGACCAAAAUCACUGAGAGGAAGUAAGUACAAUACUCUUCAAGAUCAUCUUCAUAUCACCAGCCAGCCACGUGGGAUAUUUGAAAUUUCAAGUUCUGUAAAUUUAAGAUGUGUAUCCUGAAACCAUAAUGCUUUGCAUGCCAAUAAAUAAAUUUUCUUUUAAUGUUGUGUAGCCAAAGAUUGUACAUGGAAUAACCAUUGUCAAAAUAUUGCUAAAAUACCAACUUUAAAAUAUGAGAAUGCAGAAUUCUCUCAUUUUCUUAUUUUGGAUGAAGUUUCCUAACCUGCUUACAUUAGCAAUGAAAUUAUUUUUCUGUGGUAUAAUUUGUACAUAUAAAUUAUUUUAAUCAUAAUAUAUCUGCAUUUUAAUGGUAGGAUAAGGGAGGACUAGUAGUCACAGUGGUAAAACUGGGAAGAGACAUUCCUCUUGAAAUAUUUGUCUUAAAAGUGCUCUGCCUUCACUAUAUCAAAGGUAGAUAAAUAAAAUGUUCAAGCUUCUUCA